AUGGGUUACAAGACUGAGAAGAAGCGUGCGCCAAGACGCUGGAGGAAGAGGAAGGAGGGUCGUCAUAAACGUGGGUUGGUUGUUGAUGACCUUGAAUAUAUCUGGAGGAAGAAGAUCGAGGCUCUUCGUGUUCGAUGGUGGAGAUUACAUUCUUGUAAAGGGAAUGAUUGUCCCCUUGCAGUGCGCCUUUAUGCUAAGUUGGGCCUUCACCGUUACAACAUGUUACAGCUUCUUGAAAUCGAGAAAUACAAUAGAGAUAACAACAGAGUUAUGGAUGUCGUUUGUCAUAUCGCCAGACCUAAAGAUACAGCGACCAAUGGUACGAGUCAUCCGACAGAAAAUUUCGACUAUGAUAUCAAUAAAGUGCCUGAUUGGCCGUUAAACAAGGCUUUUGCUGAUAACAAUCGAUUUUUUUACAAGAUGCAGGAAUCAGAGUGGGCUGAAAAUGACUGGAUUCGUCUAUAUUUGGAACUUGCAUUCGUUACAACGAAUCCUUUGCUGCAGCCCAACCUGUCCGAUUUGAAUAUUUUGAACGUAGUGCUAGAAACUGAGGAAAAUGUUAAGCCGCUGAAUGAGAGACUCAAAUGUUUGAGCAAUGCAAUCGUCUACAUAAGAUAUGAUCAGGACUUGGGCGAGGAUCGAGUUUGCAAAUGCAGAGCUAUCGUGAGAAGAAGUAUGGAUUUGAUAUCUAAACGCUUUUGUCUCGUGGGCAAAAUUAUGCCGGUGCCCAACUCCGAGUAA